CAUAAUCUCAUUUUGGGUGAACUCUUCCUUUAAGAGAAGGUGAUCUGAAAUCGUCGUUAUAGGAAUUCCAUGUCCCUUAAAUCAUGGCUUUUGCAGGAAAUCAUCAUAAUCUUCAAACAUUGGAGUCAUACAAGCUGUGUGUCAGAUGUAAUAAGUGCUGUAAAAAACUCAAUGAGAUUUCAUACUCCUAUAAGGAGAUCAUCCAUAACUGCUCAGAAGACAUCUUACUGGUCAAGCAGAAAGGUAGCAAUUCAUUGUGGAGGCCCGUUGCCCCCCUGCCAGGCUUCCCCAGACCUUCCAAAUAUGUUGUUUGCUGGUACUUCACUGAAGAAAAUGGAUGCACACAGCAUGGAAGGAAAUGUACCUAUGCUAGGAGCUCGGAAGAAGCAGCACUGUGGAACAUCAUGAAGAAUAAAACCCUGACAAUUCCUACACUUGUGAAAAUGAUAAAACAAAACCAAAGGACACCGCAGUCAAAGUCUCAAGAGAGACGAGGACCGUUUGACUGCACAUUGUGCCAGGUCCACAUCCCAAAUGAUGAGGAUCUGAUGAACCACUGUUUCACUGUGAAGCACAGGAGACUGAUUUUUGAAGAUACCUCUCAGACUUGGAAGUACCGUGAUCCACCACCAACAUACAAGGACCUGAAAUUGUGUGAAAGAUCCCUGCUAUGCGAGUAUGGUGAUAACUGCACAAAGGCACACAGUCAAGAGGAACUUCGUGAAUGGCAAAAAAGAAUCAAGGCUUCACGGAAAAGAGCCAGGGAUGUAGACGAGAUGGGCCUACUGUCAUAUCAGGACAGUCUUUUGGAUGAAUACAGACACAGCAACGACAAGAAAAUGAUUGUCAGCGACACCCUUCCUGAUGUUUUUAUCACCUGUGACCCAGAUUUAGACAGUGUCUAUGUAAGGAAAAAGGGAAUACAAUGUACAUGGAAUUUUACCAUUAUUUCUAAGGAUCCUCUAGAAGUGAUUGCUUUACUCAAACGGGAACUGGGGGCGAAAUUCAGCCUCAGCAAAGACCCCGAUGAGGAACGGUCAUAUUCCAAUAGUGAUUGGUUUAAAAAGAACCAAACAGAGUAUGAAAUCCCAGUGUCCUUCAAAUCUGACCAAGCAGGCCUUUAUGAGCAAUGGGUAGUGUUUGACUUCAACACGAGACCCAUACUGCGUCAGAAACUCAAGGUCAGAGUUGGCGAGGAUGAAUGUAAGAGCCCAGAACCAGAGUUUCCACUAGAAAAACAAGAGACUGUCAGGAAUCUUGAGCCCUGGAAUAAGGAAAGCCUGAAAAUCAUUCCUUUUGUUAAAAGAGAAGAGGCAGAGAGAGAGCUGCUAAACAGAUACCAGCUCAUCGUGAUAGAUCAGAUGAACAGUCCAAUUAACCGUGAGAAUUACAAACACAACAUGCACAAUUUUUUAUAUCAGGAGGAAAAGGUAGAAGGUGAACUGCUUAGCAGUCUGAAUCUACGAGGGACAGCGCAGUUGGAAAAAUACCUGUCUGAUGACAGGUUUGGAUUGAAAUGUGCUUAUCCCGAGGCUCUUCUUGCUGCUGUGCCUCUGUCUCACCCACUCACUCCUGAUACUCCUCAAGGUUUCAUAGUGAAAAGACAUGCUAUCAGAUCUCUUGUUCGUGUUGUGAAAAAUAAUGAUUACCUUGGGCAUACUUAUGAGGCCGAAUUUCUGAAAGAUGCUGCCACUGAGACACAAGCAAUUUUGCAGCUUUCCAAAGAAUGCUGCACUGAUCUGAAUCUGCAAAAAGGACAGCAGUGUGAGAUGGAAGUCCAUUUCCAACUAAAUCGUCUAUGGUUCUGCGAAAUGCACAAAGCCAUUGAUGAUCUCCCCAACUUAGACAAAGUCUUACCUGAUCUGAAAAACAGCAACUUCUGUAUUUCUUCCCAGUCAGAUACAGAACAGUUAAACGAGAAGCAGCAAGCAGCAAUGAACUUUGUUAUGAGUGUAACAGACAACAGAAGGAGCAUCCCACCGUUGUUGAUAUAUGGACCUUUUGGAACAGGGAAAACUCGAACCCUUGCAAAGAUGGCCCAGGUUCUUGUGCAGCAACCACAAAACAAAAUCUUGAUUUGCACACACACAAACAGUUCUGCUGAUCUUUAUGUAAAUGGUCAUUUUCAUGACUAUGCAACUGUUCAUCAUGAAGCCAAACCUUUGAGAAUCAAGGCAAAGGAAAGCAAUCCCAGAUCCACUGAUCGCAUCACUCUACAGUACUGCCAUUUAUCCAGAGAUGGCACUCAUUUUGAGUUUCCUGAUAAAGCUGUUUUAGAUUCCGCAAGAAUCGUCAUAACAACAACUUCCCUAGCACAUUUCUUCCAUGACAUGAAGCUGCCUGAAAACUACUUCAGCCACAUUCUGAUCGAUGAAGCUUCUCAGAUGUUGGAGUGUGAGGCUCUUAUGGCACUGGGCUUAGCAGGUAAAAAUACACGUGUUGUUUUAGCAGGAGAUCACAUGCAGAUGGGACCCAAGCUCUUCUCUGUGAAACAAGACAAAUGCUCAGAACAAACCCUGCUCAAUCGCCUCUUCUAUUACUACCAAGCUGAAAACGGUGACAUGGCCAAACAAAGCCGAAUCAUUUUCAAUGAAAACUACCGUUCCACAAAGGACAUUGUGGAUUUUGUAUCAACACAUUUUUAUGUGGGAAAGAGUGAUGUGAUCAAGGCUAGAGGGGAUGUGCCUCCUCAUCCACACCAACAUGCAUUGCAGAUCCAUCAUGUAAGAGGAGAAUGCUGUUUGGACCCAACAAGCAUGUCCUGGUUCAAUGCAGAACAAAUUCUAAGUGUCGUUGACAUUGUGCAAGGAAUAAUGGAGGAAUGGCCACAAGAGUGGGGUGAUAAAGAUCCAGAAUCAGUCUGUGUCCUAUCUCAAGGCAGACAGGUGUUGGAAAUAAGGCAAAGACUGCGUCAGCUUAGACUGCCCCGUUUCACUGUGGAGAAUGCAGAAAAUGUGCAAGGAAAACAGUUCAGAGUAAUAGUGAUUUCCACUGUGCACACCAAGGACAGUUUAUUGGAGACGGACCGGACCUGUCUUGAGUUUUUCAAUGACAUGCGAGUGCUGAACACAGUUAUGACAAGAGCCCAAUCUCAAAUAUUUGUUGUUGGAGAUGCAGCUGCACUUUCUUGCCAUCAGUUCGGUACAUGCUGGAGACUAUGGAGAUCGUACAUAGAGGAUUGCAUCAACAAGGGAAGUGCCCAUAACGUUACCUUGGAUUCUUUGAAACAAGAUCUCCUUGAGAUAUCUGAGCUCUGCAGAAGUGAGGAUGAAGAGAGCAGCGAUAGUGAAUCAACUACAUCUGAAAUAUCAGACCUAGAAGACCCAAUACUUCAAGAGCUUCUUGAUGAGAGCAAAGACAUCAACGUUGCAUUGACAGAGGAAGGCUUGUUUCCAGUUUUUCAACAUGAGCAAUUUAUCAGUAGUGUUAGCAAUCAAAUUGCAGAAGUAGAUGAAGAGCAAUUGUUUACUAACUCUACAACACAUAAACACUGUGAGCUGGUCAUGGAUUAUUUUGAUCGAGCUUAUGCUAAACCACUUGACGAGCCCUCCAUAAGAAUCGAGAUCAAGGGCAGAAAAAACAUUGGACAGGCAUUCCCUGGAGACAAGGUAACAGUGGAGAUCCUGAGUGAGAUAUCAAAUCCUCCUACGGGGAAAGUAAUCAACAUCCUGGAAAGUGCGGAUACUGUCAAAGAAUUUGUCUGCACCCUUGAAAGACAUGACAGUCAAGUGAUGACGCCUAUCAACAAAUGCAUCUCCAAAAUCUACACACCCUUCUGGAAAGACAAACCAAACCACAUUGCUGUAAGAAAUCCUAAGAACCUCAAAAUAGAGAAAUUUAUCAAAAUAAAUGAGGAGAGACACAGAAAAUAUCUCUUUGUUGUCAAAGUCCUUAAGUGGAGGAAGUUUUGCCAUUAUCCCUUGGGCAUUGCUGUGGGGCUGUUUCCAGAAAUAACAAGUUUGGAUGAUGGAUUGAAUGUACUCAACAUAGAGUUUCAGUUGAGAAGGACACUUUCUUCAUCUUUAGAAACACAGAUGCAAGACUUUCAAAGUCUUAAUUUAUUUGAAGACGGGCGAAGAGAUUUUCGCAUGCUCCCAACAUUCACCAUUGAUCCUGCCGAUUCACAAGACCUUGAUGAUGCAAUCAGUGUAAUGGAUUUAGGUGAGUGCUAUGAAAUAGGAGUUCACAUUUCUGACGUUGCUAGCUUUCUGGCUAAAGGCAGUGAACUGGACAAAUAUGCAAAACUGCUGUGUACUUCAUUCUAUCCAUGUGGAAAGGAGCCAAUAAACAUGUUCCCUAAAGAACUGAGUGCCAAUUUCUUCAGUUUGAUUCCUAACCAUGACAGACGAGCAAUCUCCUUGAUAAUACAAGUGGAUACUAAGACAAACUGCAUAAAGAAAAGAUUAGUUUGCAAGUCUGUCAUUCACUCCAAGAGGAAAUUUUCAUAUGAUGAAGCUGAGGAUAUCCUUGAAAACAAUCGUCAGCAUUAUGACCUGCUUGAAAUGUGCCUUUUGAAAGCAUGGAACUUUGCUGAGGUUCACAGGAAAUACAGAAAACAGGAAGACUGGUGCUACAAAAUGCCAGACGAGGACGUGACUCUUGGAAGAAGGCGAUCUCACCUAAUGGUGGAAGAGCUGAUGAUCAUGUUUAACCACACAGUUGCUGAACGCCUUCUGUCUGAUGAAACAACAAGGAGCUUAACUCCACUGAGAUGCCAGGACAGGCCAAAAAGGGAAAAGCUUAUUGACCUUUUUGACAAAAAUGCUUCCUUGAUUCCACUGUCUGUUCGCUUCUCAAGUAGAGCUCCUGAGAGUGUAUACGUGUCUCAUGAACUGAAUAACCAAGGCUUGAUCCACCACACAGCCAUGCCAAACCCUCAGGCUGAGAUUUCUGAUUCUGAAACCAUCCCCAUAUUAAAAUCUGUUUUGAGAUGCUUGAAGACAGCAGCAGAGCAGAAAAAUAUCUACAAAAUAAUUGACUUCAUUGCAACUGAUGAGAUUCACCCCCAACUUCUUCCUUUUGCUACUGCAUUUAGGAGACUGUGUCACAAGGCAUGUAUUCUGCGAUCAAACUCGACACAUGUCUCAAGAAUUGGGCACUAUGAUUUAGACCUUGACAGCUAUACUUGGGCCUCAUCUCCAGUCCGCCGAUAUAUAGAUGUUAUUGUGCAGCGCCUUCUUCAUUCUGUGAUUGACAAGACCAAUGUUAGGUACACAGCUCAUGACAUUGACCUGUCUUGUAUGGAAUUUUCCAGGAAAAAUGACCAACAGUCAGCAUAUGAGAGGAAAGCGAAUGCUCUACAUUUUGCAUUAAAACUCUCAACCCAAAGCGAAAAGAAGGUGGCAUACAUUGUGGAACUCAAUCCGUCAGGGACAAACUUCAGAUUAUCCUUCCCACUUAACAGAACCUCUAUAUCAGAAAACUUAGACAUUAUGUACAGGGAUCUUCAGUUGGCAGAUCAACCAGAGUUUGAUGAAGCAAACAACUGCAUGAUCUUGAAAUGGGUGCGAAGGAUAUAUUCAUUUUCCAAUCCUCACAUCCUUGCUGAAGUGAAACAACAAAAUCCAAACUCAGUCAUGGCCUAUGUCUCUACAAAGACCUGGAAAUGCCUAGCAGCUGCUCUUAGAGAGGAAAAUUGGGACAUAUUGUUUCCCCUGAUUGAGAAGCUUGACAUCAGCUCAAGAGUCCAUGCAAGACAAUUCCAGGAAAGACUGAGAAAUGCUAAAAGUUCAGAAAAAUUUGAUCCCAUGCAUGCUGAGCAUUAUGCCGAACUGUCGCUGAGAAUAAAGCAAGGUGAGGCAGUCGAGGUGCAGCUAGGUACAGCCACUGCUCGAGGAUUAAUGACACCAGCAAUUCAGCUGUUUGUUGUGCAUCCAAAAUUUGAGAUUUGUUUGCAGCAUGUGAAAGAUCCAAUCAAGAGUUUUUCAAAAUAUGCAUUCCACUCAUCAAGGAAUACAUACAACUCGUACAUGGAUUAUCAGGCAAUAUGGAAACCUUUGAGUGAAAUGGAGUCAGCCUCCAAUGCUGUGUCUGAAAAUGAGAGUAUUAUUAUUGAAGAUGCAGUCUUGAAAUGGAAAACCUCUCCUCAAAAGACGCAUGAGGGUUUUUUUCUCCUUCCGCUUGACAAAAAAUCUCAGUGGUCUGUUGAAUGUGACCUUAGGAACAGUUUCCUCUGCAUUCGAACUAAGAUUCACCAAAGUCAGAGUAGUCCCUUUCUGGAAAACUCUCAGUGCACAGCUCUCAUGGAUAUUCCUUCUAUCACUUGGGUGGCCCAUGCCAUAAUUACAGAAGUUGAAGAAACUGACUCCAAAGAACCAAAGAAUUUACAAAUUGAUUUUCAGAUUAACCACAUGCCUAUGACAAAUAUUCCAGAAGCCAUAUUCUGCGAGAGGACAAGAUUUACUCUGGAGCUGAUUCCAAAGCUUCUGCCAGAUGUGCGCAAAGAGGACGCAAUUAGCAGUCUAACCAAAGCCAACAAACUCGUAAAAAAUAUCGCCAUGGGCAGGAAAAUCAACUCUGAAGGAGGAUGCAACAUUUCAAGGCAGACGACAGCCAGAUUUGAGAUUGAAAAUUAUCUCCCUUCUGGGUUUUCCCAUCUAAACAACAGUCAGUGCAAAGCUAUAAGAGAAGCACUGACCAACCCAUUCACUCUUAUCCAAGGACCACCAGGGACUGGAAAAACUGUUGUUGGUGUCCAUAUUGUGUACUGGUUGCUCAAGAAUACCCAACAGCAUCCUGCCACCAAUUCACAGAAGAAGGGAGCUGUUCUGUACUGUGGCCCCUCAAAUAAAUCUGUUGAUGUUGUUGCAGGUCAUCUCCUAAAACUUCAAAAUCAACUUAGACCUCUCAGAGUCUACAGUGAUCAGACGGAGAUGUUGGAAUUUCCUUACCCAGGAUGCAAUCUGAAGCUGUCACGCAAUUCUAAAAGAGGCGAAAAACCCAACACAGAGCUCAGUUCCAUUGCACUACACCACCUGAUUCGAAAGGAUGGCAACCCAUAUUCCACACAAAUAUUAGCUUUUGAUAUGAAAAUUAGAAGAGGAGAUCAAUUUACUGGCGAAGAAAAAAAACUCUACAAAGACACCCUCCAAAAGGCUCGAAAACAUGAAUUAUUGCAGCAUGAUGUCAUCUUGUGCACUUGCACAGCAGCCUCACACCCUACCUUAGCUAAAGUCCUCGACUUCAAACAGAUCAUCAUCGAUGAAUGUGCCAUGGCAACUGAACCUGAAGCCUUUAUUCCACUAGUGGCUCACAAGCCUGAGCAGAUUGUUCUUCUGGGCGAUCAUAAGCAGCUGCAACCUGUAGUCCACUGUGAUGUGGUGGAGCGAUUGGGAAUGAGCAAAUCUCUUUUCGAACGUUACAUGGAGAAAGCACUCAUGCUUGACACUCAGUACAGAAUGCAAGAAGACAUUUGUGAAUUUCCAUCUAAGGAGUUUUAUGACGGAAAGUUAAAAACUGAAACAUCCCCCAAACCAAGGCUCUUCCUUACUAAGUCAAGGCAAACAUGCAUAGUUUUCGGCCAUGUUGAAGGAAAGGAGAAAAGUCUGGUGGUCUCGACUGAACGGGGAAAUGAAAAUUCAAAAGCAAAUUUGGAGGAGGCAGAAGAAGCGGUGCGUAUCGCCAUUCUUUUGACUGAGGCUGGAAUAAAGACAAAGGACAUCGCCAUUCUCACGCCAUAUAAUGCUCAAGUGUCAAACAUUAGGGAGUCCCUGAUUGAUAAGGGUAUAAGAGACAUCACAAUCAACACCAUCAUGAAAAGUCAAGGAAGUGAAUGGAAAUAUGUCAUCAUGUCAACUGUGCGCUCUUGUCCCAAACCUGAUAUAGAAGCACAACCAACCAAAUCCUGGAUUAUAAACCGACUUGGAUUCAUCAUGGACCCACACCAAGUGAACGUGGGCAUUACCAGGGCACAAGAAGGCCUGUGCAUCAUUGGUUAGUUACGCCAUCUAGGCUUGUGGGAGUCAAUAAUGUGUGAAAAAUUUGAUCCGUAACACCUGUUAUUGGAAUAAUGCAAAAUAACACACACAUCGUCAUUUUUGUCUCUUAAGCAUGAAUAUUAUUCAGUCCUAUGAGGGUAUAAUAUAUCAUUUAUCUUCAUCUUAUGUCAGGUAUAAGCUAAAUGCCUUUAUAAUAACACUAAACCUCCUU